UCGGGGCCCAGUCGACCUUUUCGCCCGCUCGGCCACCGGCCAUCCCUCUGGCCGUCAAAUCCCCGUACCUGAGUACCUGGCUGAACGUCGGCAGUGACGGUGGCAAUGGAGGGUACUUGGCGGGCCAAUGGCCCGUCUUUUGGAGCAAUCAAAUCACCGGCUGGGCUGGUUUGAUCCGUGUCGAUGGCCACGCCUACACCUGGAUGGGCGCUCCCGGUCCCCAGGCUGUCAACCAGACGGCUUAUGAGUAUACCACGACCAAGAGCAUCUUUACCUUCAACGUCGAUGACCUGGUGGAGAUGACGGUGACUUUUCUGUCUCCCAUCACCCCCAACGACUUCAAGCGACAGUCAUUGAUCUUUUCGUACCUCAAUGUCGACGUGAAGUCUCUGGACGGGAACACUCACGAUGUCCAGCUGUACGCUGAUAUCUCUGCCGAAUGGAUCUCCGGAGAUCGUACAGCCAUCGCGCAAUGGGACUACGGUGUGACCGGUGACGUCGCCUAUCACAAGGUGUACCGCCAGACGCAGUUGCUUUUUUCCGAGGUCUCCGACCAGGCUGAAUGGGGAUACUGGUAUUGGUCCACGGAUAACGGAGACGGCCUGACAUAUCAGUCCGGGCAGGAUGUUGUGGUCCGCGGUCUCUUUGAAAGUAACGGGACUCUGGCCAAUUCGAAGGACACCAAUUACCGAGCCAUUCAGGAUAACUGGCCUGUCUUUGGCUUUGCACACGAUCUCGGAUCCGUGGGCAGCUCCACUGUUAGUCGACUCUUCUCCCUGGGUUUGACUCAGGAACAAGCAGUCCAAUAUGCCGGACCCAAUGGAACUGUUGCAGUUCCCUCAUUGUGGACCAGCUACUUCUCGAAUGAACUCGACGCGGUUGAGUUCUUCCAUGGUGACUACGACAAUGCCAACUCACUGUCAUCAAGCCUGGAUUCCAAGGUGGCCACAGACUCCACGCGGGCUGCCGGCCAUAACUAUCUGAUUCUCACCUCUCUCUCAGCCCGUCAAGCAUUCGGAGCGACCCAGCUCUGUGGCACUCCGGACCAGACGUAUCUUUUUAUGAAGGAAAUAUCGUCGGAUGGGAACGUCAACACGGUCGAUGUUAUCUUCCCAGCUCACCCGGUGCUGCUGUACACCAACCCGACGCUGUUGAAGUUGCUGUUAGAUCCGCUGUUUGAGAUCCAGGAGAGCGGCCUGUACCCCAACCGCUGGGCGAUGCAUGAUAUUGGCAGCAGCUACCCCAACGCGACGGGUCACCCGACUGGGAAUGAUGAGCAGAUGCCUCUGGAAGAAUGUGGCAACAUGAUCAUCAUGACCUUGGCAUAUUUCAUGGGCUCCAAGGAUUUGGAUUAUCUAAAUGCUCACUAUAAGAUCCUCAAACAAUGGACCUCCUUCUUGGUGGAUGAGGCGCUCUACCCUGCUAACCAGAUCUCCACGGAUGAUUUUGCUGGUGCAUUGGCCAACCAGACGAACCUCGCCCUGAAAGGCAUGAUCGGGAUCGAAGCGAUGUCUGUCAUCGCUGGGUUGACCGGGAACCAUGAUGAUUCUCAGAAUUUCAGUUCUAUCGCACACGACUACAUUACGAAAUGGCAAACACUGGGCAUUGCCCAUGACGCCAACCCUCCCCAUAGCACAUUAGCCUAUGGCCAGAAUGAUACAUGGGGGCUCUUGUACAAUCUCUAUGCGGACAAACAACUUGGUCUGAACCUUGUGCCUCAAUCUGUCUACGACAUGGAGAGCACAUUCUAUCCCACCGUCAACAACAAAUAUGGUGUUCCUCUCGAUACUAGACACACGUACACCAAGGCCGACUGGCAAAGCUUCAGCGCGGCCAUUGCCUCGGAAGACACGCGGAACAUGUUUUUCAACGACCUUGCAACGUGGAUCAACACCACGCCAACGAACCGUCCGUUGACGGACCUUUAUGACACGAUUUCGGGAAAUUAUCCCAAUAUUGUGUUCGUCGCAAGGCCCGUCAUGGGAGGGGCAUUCGCUCUCCUGGCCCUGGGAUUGGGAUUGACGACCUAG